UCAGAAAGAAAUGAUAUAAAUUAAAACAAACACGACAUGUUUUUAGAAUGUUCUAUUCUCGAGCAAAACAAACUUUUAUUUUGAAAAUAGGCAAACAUUUGGUAGCGCAUGCAGAUACUUCACUUCACCUCACAGCAGUAACUAAAUGUGCUCGUAAUUUCAGUAGAGGCUGAAAUUGUAGCUUCAGAUAAUGAAUGAUCGCGAACUUGACCUCACGGACGCUCAGAAGGCGAUAAAGGCUAAAUAUCCUCCGAUCAACAAGAAGUAUGAGUAUCUGGACCACACAGCGGAUGUCCAGUUACAUUCUUGGGGUGACUCUCUGGAGGAGGCAUUUGAGCAGUGUGCGAUGGCGAUGUUCGGCUACAUGACUGAUACCGAAACUGUUGAACCCACUGACACUAUAGAAGUGGAAUCUGAGGGGGACGAUCUGGAAUCACUCCUCUUCCAUUUCUUAGACGACUGGCUUUUCAAGUUCAGUGCUGAUGUCUUCUUCAUCCCCAGGGAGGUGAAAGUUCUGCACUUAGACCGGAUGCGCUUCAGAAUUCGCUCAAUAGGUUGGGGAGAAGAGUUCAACCUGUCAAAACAUCCGCAGGGCACAGAGGUGAAAGCUAUCACCUAUUCAGCCAUGCAGAUCCGCGACGACCAAAAGCCAGAGAUCUUGGUCAUCAUUGACAUCUGAGCUACGAUCAGAGACGUAUUUGCACUCUUGCUAAUUUACAGGAGCUUAUAAUUAUGAUGAUAUGACUGUUGACUGUAACUUUGCAUGCUUUAAAAUGAUCAACACUGAUUAAGGAGACCCUGGUGGAAGCGAUUCUCUGUAAUGUUUCUUUUUAAUUUUUCCAGACUGUGUUUGGAGGAUUAUUUUAAACCCUCAAACAGGAACUGCUGAAACUUUCCAGCAGGAAUAAAUAUUGACUUGGCACUGACUUGAAUAAAAAAAACCUGGCUCUCA